AUGCCCAUUUCCACCUUGGAUCGCUUUCGCUUGUCUGCUCCGGGGUCUCUGGCUUGGUCGGCACAGCUCGACAGGACCUGGGGCCUUGAGAAUCGCCCCGAUACUGGCAGAGGACCCCAUCAGAGCCACCAGAGAGGACCCCCUUGGGCCUUGGAAUCUGGCUUUGCCUGGGCUGGACUCCUGGUCGACUUCCAGGUUGCUUGGGUGGAUGCGCCCGCAUUUCCUGGCUUUGGGAGUGAUUCGGUCGCUUCGCCAGGUGUUGCUGCUGCCUCACCCACGUCCGCCGCCGCUGCCACUGGAAGCUCGGGCUCAACGUCGAGAACAAGCCGACUGCGCGGGCUGAGUUACCUCCGGAAUUACACCCAAACUCACAUCCUGUCGCGGGAUCACUCUUCGCCCACGACGACCACGCCCAACUCGCCUGUCAACGCCUCGGGACAUCACUCCGUGACCUUGCCUCUACACACCGACAUCACCCACCAAUCCGCCUCCAACCCGCAAGUCUCCAACUCGUCAAGCGGCACGGUCAGCAGCACCACCACCACCACCACGCCGUCUGCUGGCCCUGGUUCGGGCCCCGAAGCCCCCACAGCCACAGCAGGUGCAAAAGCCGCCGCUAACAACAACAAUAACACCGCCGUCCCCAGCGCAAACAAUCUCGUCUCCGCAGCUCGCAACCCGUCUCACCACGGCCGCGCCCAUCACCAGAAUUCCUCCUCUCUCUCCUCCAUCCAUAUCCCCUUCAUUUCCCGCGGCCACAGCGACCCUGCGCACCCCUCCCGACAUUCGCCUUCGUUAUCGACCAACGACGCGACUGUAAAUCCCAACCACUCGGCCUCGGUGCGGUCUAAUCGAACGCCCUUUUCUCUUCUCCCGCACCGUUCCCAUUCCCUCACCGACGGCGUCGCUUCUGCACCUCUGGAGUCGCCUCCUGUUACCUCGCCGACGACAUCAGUACCUCCAGGGAUAGCUUCUCCUUCGGAUGACAACGGCAUUCGGGUGGCUGCAGACACUUUCCAUAGCAACAGCUCCUCUACGGGUAACAUCAUUAGUAAUAACCAUAACGCGGCCACCAUGACCAGGGCUCGAUCCGCGACUACAAGCGACAUUGCGACCAGGGCUGAAACUGGUGGAAACAUGGAGUCGCUUCCCUCGAUACGUUUCAGCACCUUCUACGACCCUAGGGCGACACGCCCGUCGCUUACCUUCUCUCCGAUCUCACGCACUUUACCAACCGGAAAAGAAGUCAUUCGCGUCGGCAGAUAUUCCGAAAGAGAUAAACCUUCGGUGGUUCCGCAUAAUGUGCCCUCGGCAGCGCCCGUAGGGUUCAAAAGCAAGGUCGUCAGCAGGCGGCAUUGCGAGUUUUGGUAUGAAGACGGAAAGUGGUUUAUCAAAGAUGUCAAAAGCAGUAGUGGGACAUUCCUCAACCACAUACGCCUCAGUCCUCCAGGGACUGAAUCCAAGCCCUUCCCCGUCAAUGAUGGCGAUAUCGUACAGUUGGGAAUCGACUUCAAGGGAGGCGAGGAAAUGAUAUUCCGCUGUGUCAAAAUGAGGCUCGAGCUAAAUCGUGGCUGGCAGGCCAAACUCAACGCCUUCAACAUGCAAACGCACAAGAGGCUUAGAAACAUGACAGCCCAAAGUUCUGCGAAUGGCGCUUCCCAGUCAUACUCGCAAGACUGCUCGAUCUGUCUUAAUAGCAUAGGGCCCUGCCAGUCCCUGUUCGUAGCCCCCUGCUCGCAUACAUGGCACUACAAGUGCAUCCGAUCAUUGCUGUCGUCGCCAUCUUAUCCUCAGUUCAUAUGCCCUAACUGCCGUGCCGCUGCCGAUCUUGAGGCUGAAGUUGACGACCCGGAGGAUUGGGAGCAACUGGAGGCCGACGAACAGAUGGAAGACGCCGUAUACGUUCAAGAUGAAAGUCAAGCCAGCUCCAACGACGCCCAAGCUCGACCGGCAGCGGCUACGUCGAGUCACCAACACGAAACAGACGCUAGCGGUGACGUAACGAUGCUGUAUUCGAACUCGCAACAGUCCGCUGUAUCUAAUCCUUUCGACGGGACUAGCCGCCCCGUGGUCUCGCAUAACUCAACAUCGCAGCCAGUGCCCAUUCGGCAGAUCCCAGCUGCAGUCAAUGGUCAAGCAGGUGAAGGUUUUCGAGAUGCCGCCAGAACUCCGUCGCCCACUGGAAUCGUUCACGCGGUUAGCACUCACGAGGGUCCGAUCACACCACGUAACGACGUUGGACCUUGGGUCUUUGAUGGUGGCAGCACCACACGCACGCGAGCCAACGGAGAACCCGACAAUGCUUCGAGACUAGCCAGUCUCGAAGCCGCAGUCGCAGGUGCUCACAUCAAUGGGGCCACUGGGAGUACAUAGCCUCUGUUCCUGUAGUGUACAUCACCCCCCUUUUGUUUGGGCUUGUACAGCCUACGGUCCACUGUCUACGAUCAAUUCAUCAGCCAUCCAGCAGGCUAUACACGACAGGCCCCCUAUUGCAUCGGCUAGUAUGGUGGUCUAAUGUCUGCGGUCUACAGACAGCUCAGCUACUCAGCAGGUGACAUACGAUGACACUCUGCUUAGCGUUCACUGCAGGGGGCGUUAUUCUGUCUUCACCAUCUCUCCUUCGUCGGUCUUGGUGGAGUAAUUUUCUUUAUACUAUAUGCUGUUGGUCGCGUCACUGUCGAUAAGGAUCAUGGACGCUGGCAUCCGAAGGAGUUUGGAGGUCUUUGUUGACUUGGAGAGGCAAAGGAAGAAGUAUUUGCAGGUUUCAGCUUGAGGCACAUACGAUACGGGACAUUUGUCAGAAACAAGAAGUAUAAACAAUUGUCCGGCUGCUCGAUCUCUCUUCUCUGAACCUUGCAAGAGGAAAAGGCCAGAGCACAACAGCUAAACAGGCCAGACAGCAGAGAGGCAACUUUGUCGAGUGGUCAAGUGAGAGUCAGAGCAAGAAACGAUUCCAUAUUUUGUUGUUGAGUGGUGGGAGGACGGUUGAUAGUAUGUAGACAGCGUCAUCACCGUUUGUGUCUUGAGGAGUUUGUUGUGGGGAAAAGGAAGGCUCGAUUCAUUUUCUCGAAUAGUACCAAUCACGCACGGGUUAGGCUGGCAUUGUUGAUUUCUGUCAGAUCUACACAGCGAUAUUAACCAUGGCGAAAUAAUGGGGCAUAGCGAUACCAGUUUACCUGGCUGGCGCUAGAUAAUAUACGUGUUGAAGUCUUGUUAACUUGAGUUUCAGAUG